CAGAGGGCAGCCAGGCAGUACUGACUUUCUACGAGUCAAAGUCCAAAUGUUUUGGUUCGGGUUGAACCGACUUAGAAGUUGCACACAUCUGUCUGGAGCUGCGCUCACAGCGAGAGAACCAACGCUCCAACGCAAAAGAUUAAACCCGAGGAAUGUCCCCUAACCAGGACGAAGGGUCUCCGCCAGAGGACGAGGAUUCUGACAUGGAGGCUCAGAACCAAAGCGACCGGCCCGACGCCGCCUGCAGCCAGGAGCUCCGGCUGGUGCUGGUGGGAAAGACCGGAUCUGGGAAGAGCGCGUCUGGAAACACCAUCCUGGGCCGGACGCAGUUCCUGUCGCAGAUCAGCGCCAGCUCCGUCACCCAGGUCUGCCAGCUGGGCAGCGCCGAGCUGCCCGGCGAGGGGGGCCCACCGGCCAGUAGGAGGAGGAUAACGGUGGUGGACAUGCCGGGCUUCGGGGACACCCACCUGACUGAGGAGCAGACGCACGCAGAGAUAGCCAAGUGCGUGUCCCUCUCCGCCCCUGGCCCGCACGCCUUCCUCCUGGUGGUCCCCAUCGGCCGAUACACGGACAGCGAGAACCAGGCCGUGCGCCAGCUGAGCAGGAUAUUCGGAGAGGACGCUGUCCGCCACCACACGGUGGUUCUUUUCACCAGGGGCGAUGACCUGGAAGGCCUCGGGAUCGAAAAAUAUCUGAGAGACACCGCUCCCCCGGGGCUCCGAGCUCUGAUCGAUAGAUGUGGGGGCAGAUACCACGUAUUCAACAACAGAGGGCCGGCCAACUCGCCGCAGGUUAAGGAGCUGGUAAAGAAGGUGGAGGAUAUGGUGAAGCAGAGUGUCAGCGGGUUUUAUACUAAUCGGGUGUUUUUAGAGGCGGAGGCUGCCAUCGCGGAGGAGCAGAGGAGGAUGCUGAGUGAGGGGGGGCAGGCGGGGGCCGGGACAGAGGAGAAGGACAGCUGUGGGGUGAAAGCACCGGCUGAGGUGUCGAAACAAAGAAAGUGCGACUUGGAGUCUGGUGUAGGAGGUGAGGAGGGUUUUAGGGUUGAGAGAUGGACAGAGGAGAGCAGGGGCGGUGUCCAGAACCUAAUGAGGGAGCAGCUCAGAGGCCGGCAUCGGGGGGGCGGCCGGGCGGUGGGCCGGCGGCAGUCUCUGCGCCAGUCCCUCAGCCGCUUCCGGAGGGAGGCCGCGCUCUCCGCCAAGGUGCUGGACAGAGUCCGAAUCCUGGUGGUGGCGGGGGCGACGGGCAUGGCGGUGGGGGCCGCGUUCGGGGCGGCCGCCCCCCUGGCCGCGGCGGCCGGAGCCUCUCUGGUGGGGAACUCCAUCGGUUUCGCGGCCGGCCAGCUGUCUGCGGCCGGCGGGGCGGGCGUGGGGAAAGCCGUGGGCGCCAUCGUGGCCGCGGCCUCUGGGAAAACCGCCGUGGCCCUGGGGGCGGCGACCGGCGGCCUCCUGGGGGGUUCGGUGGGAGCCGUGGCCGGCGUGGAGGCCGGCAGUGCUCGGGAGGGGGCCUUAGAGGCCCUGGGCCAGGUCAGCGUGAUGGGGGCUGCUGCUGUGGGAGUGGCGGCCGGCGUGGGAGGCAGCGUGGGGGGCGGGGCGGCUUUAAGCGCCGCUCUGCAGGGGGCGGGCUGCGGCGCAGCGGCCGUGGGCGGGGCCCAAACGGCGGCAGAUUUGGCCGCCGCUGCCGUCCCUCAGGUAGGCUCCACCUCAGCUGCAGCUCUGCACGCGGCGGCCUCGGUGGGGAACAUGUCUGCGAACGCCGGGGUGAGUCAGAGCCUGGCAGCUGUGGCCGGCGAGGUAGCUGCAAACGCCCCAGUGGCCGCAGGGCCAGCGGCGGGGGCCGCGGGCCAGCUCUCAGGGCCCUGCGCGGCGUCGCUGGGGGCCGGCGCCGUGUCGGCCCACCGGAGCCACGUGGCUGCGGCCACCUGCAUCUUAAACGCAGUGGCUGAAAUUGGAAAAGCUGCAGCAGGCAUCGCCCUGGCCGGUGGCUUGGUCGUGAAGGUAGUGAAGGAGAAAGUGAGGGGCGGCACAGGCAGAACGGAGGCCGCUUACUCAGAGAAGAAGUCUUAUGAAAUCUACUGGAACAAAUAA